GGGAGAGAGUACUCCCCAAAUAUACCCACCGACACCAAACAACAAAAUGAUCUUAAUGCAGAGAGAGGUGCCGCUGCAAGAGGUUUGACCCCUGACCCUACAGAUGACCUUGACGACUUUGUCACCCAACCUGCACCCCAGGGAGUCACAAUAAAAUGCCGUAUAACACGUGACAAAAAAGGUGUAGAUCGGGGAAUUUUCCCAACAUAUUUCCUACACAUGGAACGAGAUGAUGGUAAAAAGGUAUUUUUAUUAGCUGGUAGAAAACGUAAGAAGAGUGCUACUUCUAACUAUCUGAUAUCAAUAGACCCAACUGACUUGUCCAGAGGAGGGGAAGCUUUUGUUGGAAAAUUAAGAUCCAAUCUGUUGGGAACACAAUUUACUAUCUACGACAACGGAGACAAAAGUAGCAAUAGCGACGGUGGCAGGAAAGAACUCGCAGCAGCAGCUUACGAGACUAAUGUUCUAGGCUUUAAGGGUCCACGCAAAAUGACAGUCAUUAUUCCUGGGAUGAAUCUGGAUCAUGAACGAGUUGAUCUUCGGCCUAAAAAUGACCAUGAUGGGCUAAUAGAGCGCUGGAAGCACAAGAACAUGGAGAAUCUACUGGAGCUACAUAACAAAACACCUGUUUGGAAUGAUGAUACCCAGUCUUAUGUUCUGAAUUUCCAUGGACGAGUAACACAGGCAUCAGUAAAGAAUUUUCAAAUCGUGCAUGAUAAUGAUGUUGACUACAUUGUUAUGCAGUUUGGCAGAGUAGCAGAAGAUGUUUUCACAAUGGACUACAAUUAUCCCAUGUGUGCCCUCCAGGCCUUUGGUAUCGCUCUCAGUAGCUUUGAUAGCAAACUGGCCUGCGAAUAGACUAAGACCCCUUUGCAGUUGGAUAAUAAACUCUCACAGAGAGCUUCAUUGUAACUUAUGUUUGAAACCUGAGUCAUUUUAUACAGAUAUUUGUGUAUGCAUGUGGCAGUUAUGGUAUUAUAUAGCCAGACCUCUUUAAUCUGAAUGCCAUUGGGACCAGCCAAUUGUUUUAGAUGUAUAUGCGAUUCACAAAGGAGUUUAUAGGAGGACACGUUAUGGAACUGAAAAUGUGUUCAUUUUGAAAGGUGUUCAGAUUGGAGAGGUGUUUGAAUGGUAUAAGAUGAGGUUUUCUGUGUGGGCUUGUUACUGGACAGAUACUUCUGAAGUAAUGCAGAUUUAUUCUUAAAAAGUUUUGCUUUAAAUUGAGUCUGUGAUUUAAAAGUCUGAUUUUUGGUUCACUAUAUUCUAGUCUCAAGCCAUUGUGAUCUUUUGGGAUCGUGAGCCAUUGGAAUGGGUCCAAAGACUCGAUACAAGAGUAUGGGAUGAAUAUGGAUUAAGCUGGUUUUGAGCUUAAGUUAUUUAUCAAGAUAUAUUCUUUGAAUUAUGUACAGGCUCAUAUGCUCACGUGGCUCAGGAGAAUCCGAACAAAGUUUAAAGACAAGAUGAAUCUGCAUUAAUUCAGAGGUGGUUAAGUCAUAUGUAAAUUGUACAUAAGAAAUGGAUAUAUUUAAUAGAUUAUAUAUUGUGUGCUGUGUGUCAAAACUCAAUGAUUUAUGACUAGGAUUAAUGGAAUGUAAAAAGAUAAUUUUCAACUUGUAUGCUAUCCGUAGCAGAUUCAGCAUUGUAUAUUACAUUUUUUAUUUUACUCUAACUUUAUCCCAUCAUCUUUUAACUGUAACAGGGUGUAUGUUUGUAUUUACACCAGAAAAUUUGGUAAUCAGUUCUUUUGCAUAUCAUUAUACAAAUCUUCAAUCAUCAUGCCUUUCACAAUUGUAAUUUUGCAUUUGUUCGUAGCGCCAUCUUUCUUAUCUAUGUAGA